AUGAUUACACUUCAAUACAUAGCUAAUGCUGUUAAAAGUAUCCAAUCAAGAAAUUAACACAUUCAAAAAUUUGAUACUGAACCUCUUAUUAUAUGUUAAGACUACAAAAUUGAAACCUACUAACUUAUUGACAUUAAAUAAAAAAAUAAAAAAAAAAAGUUAACUGCUAAUCAGGAAACAUAAACUUAAGAACUUCCAAUUUAAACUAAUAAUUCAAAUUCUGGUCAAACUUAGUAAGGCAAAAAUAUUAAUAUAAUUGGAUGUUAAAAAGAUAAUUCUAAAAAAACAAAAAAAAUAGUUAAGCAUCUUUCUAAAUAGGUUGUUGAUGUUGAAAAAUUUAGUUAAAAUUCAGAAUAAACUGAACCAUCUCAAAUCUCUUAUUGUUAAAGACAUUUUUUAUAUUCAUUAUAAAAAAAUGAAGAAGAAUUUAAAAUUUAUUUACCAACCAAAGUAUCUUAACUUAAACAAACAAAGUCAAAAAUAUUUAACAAAUAUAUAAACAAUUUAAGAGAAUCUUUAGUUCAAUAAAGAUCUAUUAUAGAAACAGUAUAAGAUGAGGGUUCUAAACUUAUUGAAACAGUUUUAUGA